AUGGCACUAAUGACUAGUCAUUUCAAACAAUAUGAGCGAAUAAAAAACUCAUCAGAGUCUUGUUCCGUUCAUCAAUGUUCUAGUUUACCGCACAGUAUAUGUAAUCAUUGUGAUCAUCACUUUUGCCAUGAUCAUGCGAAUGAACACGAAAAUCAAUGCAGUCAAAGUCGACCACAUUUAAUCAAUACGAUCGAUAAACUUGGAGUUCGACUAUCAUCUAUUGAACCAUACUGUCUCGAGCAACUUGAACGAUGGCGUAACGAAGCUUAUCAAUCCAUAAAUCAAUACUGCAACAAAAAGUGUUAUGAUCUUGUUGAAAAAAAGAAACAAUAUCUACAGCAAGAACUUGCUCUUACUCGAGAUAAAUUAGAUGAAUCGAUCAAAGAACAAGAUGAAAUGUAUAAUCAAAUUGAUCAUGAUAUUAAUUUAAUAGAAAUAAAACUUGUUGAGCUUGAACAUCUUCGAUUAAAACUUCGCCCAUUAAUUAUUGAUGAAAAUCUAGUUACUUCACAAUGUCUUUUUCCAUUGGCCCAUCCAAAUUAUACGAUUCAUAUCAAAUCAGGCAAUGAAAGUUCUAUUGGUAGUAAUGAAAGACAUCUUCUCGUUGAACGAGAAGGUAAACAUUUAUGUUUAUUGGAUCGAAAUUUUACUAUUGUUAGCGAAAUACCAUUUUAUCAUGGUGUUAUUCAUAGUAUUUGUUGGUCAUCAGUAAUCCAUCGAUUUAUUAUUGUUACUUUUAAACAAAUAUUUAUUUUUGAUGAUGAAACAAUGGUACUUUCAGAGUGUUCUAUAUCUGCAAACACAGAUUGGUGGCGUUCAACAUGUUCCGAUGAUGUUCUAUUCUUAUCAACUGCAGAAUGGGGUUCACCAAUUCAUGAAUUCGAUCUUCGAGAAUCCUUUCAAUUUAUAAAGACAUGGCAUACACCGGCAACAUGCGCAAUAGAUGAAGUUAUUUGUGAUAUUAAAUAUAGUAAUGGCUUUCUAGCAAUUCCUAUCUUCAAUAGACACACAGAAGAAAGUCGUCUUGAUUUGCGUUCCUCUACAACACUCAAUUGUAUAUGGUCAAUUCAUAUUCAUGGACGUUGUCGUUGUUGUGCAGUUAAUGGCGAUCAAUGGUUAGCCAUUGAUCAUGAUGAUUGUCGGUUUCUUCAUAUUUCAGCUGAUGGACAACUCUUAAAAACGGAUAAAUAUGAUCAUCAUCAACGGCUUGAAGAUGUUGCAACAUGGGAUGAAAACACUAUUGUCGUUUUAACUAAGAAAUCCAUAAAUUUACAUGAAAUUCGUUAA